CUUGGUUCUUUUCCCUCCCCUUGCUUUCUUCUUAAGUGUGGCUUCUCUUCCUUCUCCAAGAACAUUUCUUAUUACCACCUACCAUUCUUAUCUGCAUCAAAAAAGAAUAAACCAUCCUUCUUUUGAAGCUUGGGGAGGAGAGAGAUCAAGAUGUCGACGGAUUGGGGGCCGGUGAUCAUCGCGGUAAUCCUCUUUAUUCUCCUAUCACCAGGUCUCUUGUUUCAGCUACCAGCGAGGACAAGAGUAAUAGAGUUUGGUAAUAUGUACACGAGUGGGAUAUCAGUUCUGGUUCACAGUAUCAUCUUCUUCGCAAUACUAACCAUCCUGGUGAUUGCAGUAGGCAUUCAUGUGCAUGCCGGAUGAUCAAAGAUGGUGAAAGUUUCAUGGCCUUCCACUUCGGUUUGGACUACUCUAUGCUUUAUAUGGUUCCUCUGAAAAAUGUUCUUUUGCUUUGCAACUGUAACUUGGUAGAGUUAUUUGGUUUUUUUAUCCAUCUUCACAUAAGAUGCAUCAAUUUGGAUUCACAAGUGUAUGCUGAAUUAUUGAUGUUGUGCCAUAGUUGGGGAAUGGAUGAACUCGAGUCAAAAAAUCAAAACCAUUUAUGAAGUCUUAUCUUCUAAAA